GUUUUCUUCAUAUUUAUCUUAAAAUAAAUAAGAUACUAACCAAAUUCGACGAGUCUAAAAAAUCCAAUAUCUGCCGGUUGUUUACAUUUUGUCGGAGCAGCUGACGUUACGAGACGAAAAUGUCAACGUCAUCUUGAGGUUUCAGGGGUAUUUCUGUAAUGCGCAACCGUUGUAAGGAUGAAAUUAUUUGUCCUUUUCUGACACAUUCUUACACUGAAAUUAUAUCUGCUAAUCUCUUCCCAGUUUGAUUCCCAGUCACUUACAUAUAGAAUUCUUCUUGUUUGGUCAUAAUGACAUUCGAACUUGUUUAGGUACUCUUAGAAUGUAAACAAGUAUAUGCUUAUGUUCAUGAAAUUAUUGAAUUGUGAAUAAAGUCAAAAGUUUUUCAGGCUUAAACUGCUGAAACAAAGUUCUGGAAAAAUUAACGGUCAAUAUGUGCGAAGUAAAAGUUCUAUAUGAUGGUUAUUCGGUAAUGACCGGUAAAGAUCAGAUGUCUGCGAACUGCAGCUGUACAUUAAUCAAAGGAGAUCAUAACGUUAUUGUAGAUACCAUGACAGCCUGGGAUUCACAGAAAAUUAUUAGCGCUUUGGAAGCGCAUAAUAUUAGACCGGAAAACAUAAAUUACGUUAUUUCCACUCAUGGUCACUCAGAUCAUAUAGGGAAUAAUAAUCUGUUCUUGAAGGCAAAACACAUAGUUGGCUUCAGUGUCUCUUUUCAAGAUGAAUAUUACACACAUCCAUUUGACAAAGGAGAGGAAUAUAAAAUUGAUGACAAUAUAAAAGUGAUACCUACACCUGGGCACACACUUUCUGAUGUCACUGUUAUAGUUAAAACUACAGAUGAUGUAACUGUAGCUAUUGCAGGAGACCUCUUUGAAAGAUUUGAAGAUAUAGAUAAUCCAAGCUUAUGGUUAGAAGCUGGUAGUGAGGAUCCAGUACAACAAAUGAAGAACAGGUCUAAAGUAGCAGAUACAGCAGAUUGGAUUGUUCCUGGACAUGGCCCAAAAUUUCAAAUCACAGAAGAAAUAAGAAGAACUCUUAAGAAACAAAUGGGAGAAGAAACUCGUUCUUGAAAUACAUAAUUAAUAUAUAUAUUUUUCUUACUUUGUAAUCUUAAUAUUGACAAUAAAUUAAGCAUAAUCAUGAAAUUCCAUUUUAUGUUAUAAGA